CGCUUUGCUAAGCAGUAGGAGUCGGGUUUGAAUAGAUUAAAUGUGUCGACCAUCUUUCUUUCUAGUCUAAAUUGAUCUGCUAAAGGCCUUAGCAAUGGCACAUGAACCAUCACUGAACCCGACUAACCGUCCACCCCGACCCCUUUUGCCGAUGAGCCCCUAGUAAGGGUUGCGCUGUGCAUGGCCUGUCUCACACGGCUGAGAGGAAGGUCCUCCGAUCCUCCGACGAGGCGCCAAGUGAUCACCCUUUUGUUCCAUCUGCAGCCCGAGAGAACGAAUUCCGAGAUACCGUGGACAUCUGGGAAGCCACAGCGGGGUUCGUUCAUCGCUCUUUCCGUGUCGUCAUCGAAGUUUCCGGUUCUCGGCAAGCCGACAAAAUGCUGGAAACGUCCAAGGGCAGCAUUGUCAUCCACCGCUGGAUUAAUGUCAUUAGGGUCUCUGGAGCGGUCCAACUACCCAAAUGCUUGGAGGAAUUCUCGCACUUGGGUUUGCUUCUGAGGAGACCGGGCAAAAGCCCGCAUGGUUCUCAACAAAGAUUGAAAGCCUGCGUCUCAGCAAAUAUGGACCCAUAAAAGACAAAGAGCAUGUGAUCGGCACCUUUCGCGGCCCCGGCCAGGACCACGACAAACUCUACGAGGCCGAUGAGCACGGCGUCGAGAAAGAAGUCGACCGCCCGCGACGGCCAGAUUCCAGCCGGACCCGAGUGUGGUACGGGCCCAUUGGCUCCGGCGAGAAGCUGAUGAAGAAUGCUCGGAAGAGGAAUGAGACUGAGGGACACGCACAACGUCAUAGGGCUCGAAAUGGAGGCCGCCGGGACAAUGAACCGACGUAUGUCGCUGCCAUGGCUGCUGCCUAUGCCAAGGCUGUUUUGUCAGAGAUUCUUCCGAGGAACAUUCCGCCACAGCCUGCCGCCACCUCACAGGCACAAGGUGGUGCCGUUUUCAACGGACCUCUUUCUGCCCGGAAUCUAGUUGCCGGGAUGUCCAUGUCUGGUGGUACCACGAACCUAAAUUUUUCUUGA